UCGGAGAACAUCCUCACCGCCCAGACACAUGCAGUGUUGUCAUUUGCGGAGAAUCCGGAUCUGGUAAAAGUUCCUUGGUCAAUUUGAUCGCUCGGACGAACAUGGCGGUGACAUCUUGCGAUGCUGGGGGAUGUACGACUACAACCAGUGUGCACGAGGUGUUGAUUCUGAACGAGACGUUGAAGGUGAAGCUUUCUGAUACAGUCGGUCUGAACGAGGGCCCCCGAGGCAUAGUUCCAGAUAAGGAGGCUCGAAGAAUUUUGAAGAGGCUCCUUCGAACUCUGACGGAGCAAGGCAAUCUUCAUCUCGUCAUGUACUGUGUGCGGGGUGAGAGAGAGAUUCGGACACUCCGCCAGAACUAUCAGUUAAUCCGCUCUCAAGUCAAGGGGAAAGUUCCAAUUGUCCUUGUCGUCACAUGUUUGGAGUCCUAUCAACCAGAGAUGGAAGACUGGUGGAGGAUUAAUGAGCGGAUCAUCUCAAACCUCGGGAUGACCUUCGCUGGCCACGCGUGUAUCACCACAGCGACAAUGACAGGACCUGUGUUUGUGGAGCGUCGCACCCACUCAUACGACACUGUCUGCAAACUCAUCGAGCAGUGUCACCUAUCGAAUAACACAGGUGGCAACAAGCACCCAAAUGUUGUUGUCUUUGGGCAGAGAGGAGCAGGAAAAAGCUCACUCGUCAAUCUCAUUGCGGGAAAGAACGUAGCAAAUACAUCCAUUGACCUAAAGCGCUGCAUGCUGAAGUGGGAAGAAUAUCCCGUCAAAUUCGAUGGUGGCUCUUACAAUAUAUUCGAUACUGUUGGACUCGAGGAACCACAGCUGGGAAUCCCACAGUACCUCGAUGCUGUCGAGAAUGCCUAUAGUCUCAUCCAGAAUUUGGAGAGACAAGGUGGCAUUGAUCUACUCAUGUUGUGCAUGCGCGCGGGCCAGCUCACUGCUACGCUUCAAAACAAUUACCGGCUCUUUAACGAAUUCCUUUGUGAAAAGAAGGUCCCCUUCGUUAUGGUGAUCACAUACCUCGAAAACGAAGUCGGGGAAAUGGAUAACUGGUGGAAGAGAAACGAGAAAACUUUCCGUCACCAAGAGUUCCAUGUCGAUGGUCAUGCGUGCAUCACCGCCAUUCGAGGCAAUUGUCCAGAACGGUAUGAGCAAUCACGCACCACGAUCCGGAAACUUGUCAAGGAGUUCACUGCUGACGGGCAGAAGCGAGCACGGAAAGAAGGAGAGGAGACAAACCAGUUCAUGUCGUUGAUGCGAAAGCUGAGGGGGCUAGUUUCAGCGAAGUCACGUUCGAAAAAGGAUAAUAUUGUCCCUCGCCUCACCAAGAGGUGCGGUUUGACUCCAAACGUCGCCAAGCAGUUGGCCGAUAGGAUUAAGAAAGACGCGGUAGAAGGACCUAGUUGACUCGACUUCCCGUGUUCGGUAGCUUGUGCUCAUUCUGGUUGUAGACUUUUAAAUUUAUAUUGGAACUGC